UACAGAUAUCACCUCAAAAAUAUAAUGCACAAUCUACAACACAAAUCUACGCCUUGUAACAUUCGGUUACCUAUGCAGAAACAGGUGCAGCAACAGCAACAAAAUCAGCAAUACGCUUAUCAGCGACCCCAACAACACAUCCGGACGUACCAACAAAAAACUAAUUCACAAUUACAUCCUAUUUACCCAGCAAAUUUUCCGUCUACUAUAUCGUAUCCUCAUCAACAACCUAAAUUUCAACAACAACACCAACAACCUUUGAUAAAUCCUUAUUAUACAUCGUCUCAAUAUCCUUAUUAUCCUAAUCAGACUUCGGCAUGUAAAUAUGAAUAUUUUACGGAGCAAAAUUAUCCCAAAUCUAUAGGUACAAUGUCCGGAUCUACUAUUGUUGCACCACAGCCACAACAACCACCACCACAACAGCAACACCAACCAAUGACGCAUCAUAAAGGUUAAGAGCAGAUGCAGUGCCAUCAUAAUGUCUGGCUACAAUAUACAUGGAUUUUUGAGUAUUAAGGAGACCUUACAAACACCUCAUGGGUCUAAUUUUUAGCUUGCCACAAAAGCUUUUCUGCCGAAGAUGCAAUUUUAAGUUUGGUCUUUUUUAUCGGAUCGACACUGAUGAAUAUGCAAUAUGUAUACGACAACAGGAUUAAAAAGCAGAAAUAGCAUCUUGUGUUAAGAAAAAAAAAGAGACAUUGGCGAGUAGUAUUCAAAAUCUUUAUCUAAUGUAUAAAUGUAGUAAUCUACUCCCUAAAGUAUUGUUAAUAUUAAAUGUUGUUUAUGUUG